AUGGCGUUCCAGUCGAAUGUGAUCAGCUCGCAGCCUCAGGUCUCAGUCACACAGUACACUGUGUCCUCUGGAUUGUCAGAUUGGAGCUCAAACGUGUGCGACUGCUGUGAAGACUGUGGAAUCUGUCUUUGUGCUACAUUUGUCCCGUGUAUUCUGGGCUGUAAGGUGGCUCAGGACAAUGGGGACAGCUGCUGCAUCCCCUUCCUUCCUGGUGCCAUGAUUGCUCUAAGGACAAGCAUCCGCGGGAGAUACCACAUUCAAGGCUCAGUGUGUGAUGACUGGGUUGUCAUGGCCUGCCUGCCUCUGUGUGGACUGUGUCAGAUGGCACGGGAGCAGAAGAUGAGAGGAUAAAAAGAUUAGAUGUAACAUCUAAUUUACAAAUGAGUCACUUGUGCAAAACGUACAUUUCUUGGUCUGGACACCAUUUCAUAUUCCAGUUUGCUUUAUUAGUACAAGUUUAUAAUGUAAGAAUAAUAGCUGUAUGAUCAGACUGAACUGCCAUUUUAUUUUGUACUAAUAUACGAUAUACAUACAUCUAACAUACAUAUUUAUACAGAUCAGAGGUGUGAGCAGGUUUUCAGGGAGUUGGAAGAAAAGGACAACAGAAAUAUUUCAUUAGGCUUAAACUUUUACACCAAACCCCCGUCUUUCAUGUUCAGUUAAACAGCGACUCACUGUGUUCAAAUUGUCUUCAUGCAAUAAACCAGCGAACAAAGGAAGAAGGAAAUGCUGACCUUGCCUUUUCAGUGUGAGUUUAUAGUGGUGAAUUUACAAGAUUUCAUAUUUUUGAAUCUAUUAGUAUCAGAAUAUUGUUUUCCUUGCCUAUUCGUAACAUAUUCGUCUAUUAAUUUAGAAAAAAACA